GGGUGAGGGCCGGGCUCGAUGGCGGCCAUGGCGGCGGGCGGGCGUCCGGUGGGUGAGGAGGGCCUGGCGUUGCCCUUGUCCUUGCCCCCGCCGCAGCCCCCGGACCCCGCUCUCCCCGACCAGAAGCCGCAGCCGCCGCAGCCCCUGCCGCCGCCGGCGCCCCCGGGCCUGAAGGAGGAGGAGGAGGAGGAGGAAGAGGAGGAGGAGGAAGAGGACAGCUACUCCUUUUUACCCCUCGUCCACGACGUCAUCAAAUGCAUGGACAAGGACAGUCCAGAUAUCCACCAGGAGCUGAGCGCCCUGAAGACUAAGUUCCAGGAAAUGCGCAAAGUGAUCAGCACGAUGCCCGGCAUCAACCUGAGUCCAGAGCAGCAACAGCAGCAACUACAGAGUUUAAGGGAGCAAGUCCGAACCAAAAAUGAACUAUUGCAAAAAUACAAGAGCCUCUGCAUGUUUGAAAUCCCCAAAGAGUAGAGGGAUGGAGACUUCUUCUCGGGACUGAAAGUGAAUGGGAAAAGCAAAAAUCUCCUGUUCUUUUUUUCCUCUUCUCACCCUCUACUAUGUUUCAGAUUUGGUGCUGGGUGAAUUUGUGUGGGUUUGUGCGGGGUGAGGUAUGAGUAGAGUUUUGUUUUUGGUUUUUUCUUUUUUAACUGUACGUAAGCUGGACUAAAGUGACCGUGUUAUGUAACUCUGGAAGGGGGGGGGGUCUUCAAAGGAAUAUUUGUAGGUGUGGAUUAAAAAGCCUGCUAAUGGA